UUUUUUCUGUUUGCGGGUUCAAGGAGAAGCCCUGCCAGUGGUAUCAGCUGUCGCGUUGUCUCGUCAGUGUCUCUCUGCGGCUCUGCACCUCGACGUGGAGGUGCCCACAACGCUUGUUGGGAGGCCGUUUGCAUUGUGACCUGAGCGAGCAUCGACCUUGGCGGCGCCGGUCUUUUCUUCCAAGUCAAAAGCAGAAGGAAGCACACUGGUCAGCCAGAGGACGUCUGACGUUGCUUUAACCCCGAGCACCAGUCAUCAUGGCCAAAGGCAAGGACUAUUUGGGCAGCGACCAGCGUCGUGUCGUUGACGACAAGGCCGAGACGGAGGACAUUCAAGCCCUCGAUGCUGGUGACAUUGCCAUGCUCAAAACCUAUGGUGUGGGCCCUUACACCAACGCCAUUAAAGACGCGGAGAAGGACGUGAACACUCGCCUCAAGAAGAUCAAGGAAAUGACCGGUAUCAAGGAGUCAGACACGGGCUUGGCCCACCCCAGUUUGUGGGAUCUGGCCGCAGAUAAGCAGAUGAUGAGCGAGGAGCACCCCCUCCAAGUGGCCCGCUGCACCAAAAUCAUGGCCGGUGACACGGAGGAUGAGAACAAAUACCUCAUCCACAUCAAGCAGAUUGCCAAGUUUGUGGUGGCUCUCCACGAGAAGGUUGCCCCGACUGACAUUGAAGAGGGCAUGCGCGUGGGCGUCGACCGCACCAAGUACCAGAUCCACAUUCCCCUGCCCCCCAAGAUUGACGCCAGCGUUACCAUGAUGCAGGUAGAAGACAAGCCCGACGUGACCUACGCUGAUGUUGGCGGCUGCAAAGAGCAGAUCCAAAAGCUGCGCGAAGUCGUUGAACUGCCCCUCCUCCACCCGGAGCGCUUUGUGGAUCUGGGCAUCGACCCGCCCAAGGGCAUCCUCCUCUACGGCCCACCCGGUACCGGCAAGACCCUGUGCGCUCGUGCCGUCGCCAAUCGUACCGAUGCUGCCUUUAUUCGUGUCAUUGGUUCGGAACUGGUCCAGAAAUACGUCGGCGAGGGCGCUCGCAUGGUCCGCGAAAUCUUUGAACUGGCACGCACAAAGAAGGCGGCCAUCAUCUUCUUUGAUGAGGUUGAUGCUAUUGGCGGGGCUCGUGUCGAUGACGGCGCCGGUGGUGACAACGAGGUGCAACGAACCAUGCUUGAGCUCAUCACCCAGCUUGACGGCUUUGAUGCUCGUGGCAACAUCAAGGUGCUAAUGGCUACCAACCGACCGGACACUCUGGACCCGGCACUCCUACGUCCGGGUCGUCUGGAUCGCAAGGUUGAGUUUAGCCCACCUGACAUUGAGGGCUGCGCCAACAUCUUCCGCAUCCACACCAAGUCAAUGUCCGUGGAACGCGGCAUUCGCUACGAACUCCUUGCACGCCUCUGUCCCAACUGCACGGGUGCCGAGGUUCGCUCCGUCUGCACCGAGGCCGGCAUGUACGCCAUUCGUGCCCGGCGCAAGGUGGCCACCGAGAAGGACUUUAUCGAUGCCAUCAACAAGGUCAUCAAGGGCUUUGCCAAGUUUAGCUCUACUGCCCGUUACAUGACAUAUAACUGA